AUGGAUGAAAUAGCGUACAAUAAGUUCAGCCUCAACCCUCUUAAUUGGUUCAUGAUGCUGAAGGAAGUGAUUGUGUCUGCUUUAUUCUCCAUUAGUUCCAAGCGUUGUAUGUAUUCACAGGCGCGGAUGACAAACUUGGGUGGAGAAAGGGAUCAGGCGGCAUGCCAGCGGGAGAUUCGACGAGCAGUCCGAAUCAUAAAGGAACGUCAAUCCGUGACGCAAGGAGACAAUGACGUGACUGCGCACUCAUCCCCGGGGCGACCUCUUCAUUUGAAGCUUGUGUUGUUUGGUUGUAGUCGUGGGGCCACAACCACAUUUUACACAGCGAUGAAACUACCACUUGAAUUGGCACAAUAUGUUUCUCUUGUAGUUGUUGAGGCGCCAUUUGAUACGUUGCAUGAUGUGAUUGCAUCGUCGUGUUGGUUUCCUCGCUUUGCGUUGUGGUUUUUUUGUAACUUUUGUGACUAUGGUGGGAAUGAACCGUACUCCUUUGUCCCGGGUCGGGUGCAACUUCGCUGCCCCAUCGCCUUUGUGAUGUCUGUAAAAGACACCCGGGUGCCGAAUAAACUUACGCGUCGACUGAUUGAGACUGUGAAGAACGAGUGCCCGCAGAUUCCCGCGGUGGAGGUGUUGGAACUGAAGCAUAGUCGUCACCCCCUGAUGGCCGUUGGAAACCGUGAGGACCAGGAUGCGUACGUUGCCUUUAUGGAACGACUCUAUGAUACCUACUGCAGUUGA